AUGCUCGCCCUCAAAAUCAUCUCCCGCGGCCACGCCGCCCCCCAACCCGUCCCUCUCCCCACCCUACGCCCCUCCUAUAUCCUCGUGAAAACCCACGCUAUCGCUCUCAAUCCCGCCGACGUUGGGGGCAUUGACAUGGUCGCGCCCGUUGGCGCAACCGUGGGCCUCGACUUCGCCGGCGUCGUUGUCGACAUCGGGUCCGAGGUCCAGAAGAGCUUUAAGGUCGGAGACAGAGUGUUUGGUGCUGUGCAUGGGUGUAAUGAGAGUGAGCCGGAGGACGGCGCGUUCGGGGAGUAUCUGAUUGCGAAGGGGGAUUUGACGGCGGUGAUCCCGGAGAGUUUGGGGUUCGAGGCGGCGAGUACUAUGGGGGCGGGGAUUGCGUCGGUCGGGCAGGCGCUGGGGCAGAAUCUGGGGUUGCCGUGGCCGGGGAAGCAGAGCGACGCGGGAGAGAAAGUACAGGUGUUGGUAUACGGAGGGAGUUCGGCGACGGGGGCGUUGGCGAUACAGUUUGCGAAGGCCUCUGGAUUGGAAGUCAUAACGACUUGUUCCCCUCACAACAACGCCUACGUCAAAUCUCUGGGCGCGUCUGCUGUCUUUGACUACCACAGCCCAGCUUGCGCCGCAGAUAUCCGUGCACAUACGAAUGACAGUCUCUACUACGCCUUCAACUGUCUCCCGGAUGACUCUGCGGCCAAGAUCUGCACGGAAGCGCUGUCCUCGCAUCCAAGGCCGGGUGGGUCGAAACCGGCGUAUACUGGAGUCUCUCCCAUGGGAGUCGAUGCAGCAAUCAUGCGGGAUGAUGUGCAAUAUUCGAGCAUUCUAGGCUAUACAGCGAAAGGCGAGGCAUUUACUUUCGCAGGGAAUCCAAUACCUGCGAUGCCGGAUCACUUCGAGUUCAUGAAGCGGUGGAUAGAGUUCGGGACGUCUUUGGUUGCAAAUGGAACGGUGAAGCCUCAUACGUUUGAAGUAAGACCGGGCGGACUGGAGGAUAUUGUCAAGGGGUUGAACGAGUUGAGGGAGGGGAAGAUUAGCGCGAAGAAGUUGGUUUAUCGGAUUGGGGAAGAGGUUUGA